GGUGGGAAAAAGUCAGGUAUAGCAUCACCCAAGAGGUCUGGAACAUCAACUCCCAUUCGACAUGGCGGAGGUUUGGAUCAAAGAUUGCUAGAUAUCAGCGCAUUGAAUCUUCAGCCAAAAGAAGAAAUUUCUCGACCAGUGGACGAACCUGCACCCAAGGUUGCAUUUGCCAGGGAAAAGGUAUUGGAAGAAGCACGAAGAGCCGUUGAGGCCCAGAACGGCAACGGCAAAAGAACAGUCAGCUUGGUGGUCAUCGGUCAUGUCGAUGCAGGAAAGUCGACACUAAUGGGUCGUCUAUUAUAUGAGCUCGGGCGUGUCGACGAAAAAACAAGAAUAGCUAAUGAGAGGGGAAGCAGUAAAGCCGGUAAAAGCAGCUUUAGUUGGGCUUGGGAAUUAGAUGGUACAGUCGAGGAGAGAGAAAGAGGGAUAACUAUGGAUAUUGCAUUACAGUCUUUGGUAACUCCUCAUCGGCAAAUCACUAUCCUCGAUGCUCCUGGGCACAAAGAUUUUAUCCCGAACAUGAUUUCAGGGGCUUCGCAAGCUGACUGUGCCCUAUUAGUUGUAGAUGCUGCCACAGGAGAGUUUGAGGCUGGGUUUGACCGAGGUGGUCAAACUCGCGAGCAUUUGCUACUUGUAAGGAGUCUUGGAGUUGCUCAGGUUAUCGUUGCUGUGAACAAGUUGGAUCAGGUCAAUUGGGAUCGAAGUCGUUAUGAAGAGAUCAGUGAACUACUUAGAACAUUCCUAACUCAAUCUGGUUUCCACCCCUCCAAAAGCAAAUUUGUACCAGUCGGCGCCAUGUUGGGCGUAAAUCUAGUUAACCGUACUGGCCCUGACGCUGCGACUCUGGCUGCCUGGUACAAAGGGCCCACAUUAGUUGAUUUACUAGAUAAGCUGGAACCUCCUUUGCGCGACCUCACAUCACCUCUUCGACUACCUAUUUCAAAUGUCUUCAAAGGCCAGGGCUCUGGUAUUGGAGCCACUGGCAGAAUCUGCGGUGGUAUCGUACAAGUGGGUGAACGUGUACGUGUUCUCCCCGGGGAUGAGUCUGCCGUAGUGAAAUUGAUUGAUGUCGAAGAAGAAAGCGUACCUUGGGCUGCGGCCGGUACAUAUGCAACGCUAUACCUUACUGCUAUCGACCCUAUCCAUGUCAAUAUUGGCUAUGUCGUGUGUUCAACAACCGAUCUGGUUCCUUUGGCCACUGUCUUUACCGCACGUAUCAUUGUGUUUGACAUCCAGCUUCCCAUAACUGCAGGAGCAUCGGUCGAACUAUUUCACCACUCGCAAGACGUUCCAGCUACCAUCUCAAAGCUGGUGACAUCUCUAGACCGAACAUCUGGUGCUGUUUUGAAGAAAAACCCUCGAGUCUUGACCAGAGGUUUAUCUGCCGAAGUCGAGAUAACUAUACGACCCAGUUCUUUAUCAGGUCCAUCUAGUAGCACGCGCCCCAUUCCCUUGGAGCGUUUCUCUUCGAGCAAAGAUAUGGGAAGAAUCCUCAUUCGACGAGGGGGUGAAACCAUCAGUGCUGGCAUCGUGCUUGAUAUCAUUGCAUAGAGACAGAAGUAAGGACGGAACAAAAUGACGUGAUAAUCCUUGUAAGAGACAUCUUGUACAACAUCAGCAUGUACACGAUGCUUCCACAACUUAACAUGUACGAGAAAUGGAAACAAAUAUGUACAAUAUCCUUUGAUAUGAUUACAACAAAGCUGUUACACGUUACAUACCGAUUCUACCGAUAGGUAUCGAUAGAACUUCUUUGUAGUGGAGAAUGAAGUAGACCGUGUCAAUGACGUUCCGAUCACAAGACAGGUUAGACAAGUUACAGUACAACAAAUAGAUAACUAGAAAACCCCGCAAAUAAAGAAUAACCCAAGACAUCACCAUCGUUCCAGUUUGACAUGUAUUAACAAUUAUUUGUGUUCCUUGUCCUUGUCCGUGAAAAUAUCUUUGAGCUUGCCAAAGAUCGAUUUUUUCUUCUUACGCGACGCGGUGGUGCCAGUCUUAGAAGAUGGUGGCGUAGAAGUAGUGUCAGAUCUCUCUGAUACUGGGAACGUUUCUUUUUCCUUGGUGGAAGAAGGCUCCUUAGAAUGUGUCUUGACAUCUGGCGGAGUAGACACCUCUGCUGCUGGCUGGGCAGGCAAAACAUUAUUCUGCUUAUGGUCCUUGGGGGGGACAUCGGGUGGGAUGGAGGGGGUCUCCGUACCGCCAUUGACCUGGGCUGGCGUCGCCACC